AUGAUCGGAAAACUUACCCUCCUGUUGGCCGCUGCAAGUCAGCUGGUUCUUGGCGCAUUCCCUCUCGUCGAUAGAGCCACUGGGAAAAUCGAGAAAGCACCUUAUUGCCCUGCACGACCUGCCUCCCCCGAAUUCCAGCGCGCUGCCUUCACUGAAUUUCUUCACCAAUUCUUUGAGCAACAUCUGGUCAAUGAGUCGCUCACAAACUUUGCCAGCGACGAGUACAUCCAGCACAAUCCAGGUGUGCUGAGCGGCCGCCAGCCCAGCAUUGAUGCUCUCGGCGCCGGUGGCCCUUAUGACUUCAGCAAAGGCAACGUGACCAUUAUGCACUACCUCUUCGAUAGCCCCUUCGGCACGGUCCACUACAGAGUUGAUCUGCCAGGCCAGGAGCCUACCGCCAUCACCGACAUCUGGAGGUUUAAUGGCACAUGCAUUGAGGAACACUGGGACGUGAUCCAGACUCUGCCCAAGAACGCUACCAACCCGCUUGCUCUCUUCUAG